AUGAACUUGGUAUACUGUAGAAUCUACCCUGACGUAAGUAAUUUCAAAAAGAAUACUUUUAAUAAAAUUUUUAUUUGCUAACUUUAUUCAAGCUAAUAUUUAAAAAAUUUUUAGUUUUGGCAACGUAUGUUACAGUACACCGACCAAAUGGAAGACAUUUGCAGUUUUGCACAAAUCAGCAGAUACUUUUACAGGGUAACCAACAUCGACUUUCAGAAGUUGUGCUACAGAAAUAUGAUUUGUCGAUUCGAAGACGAGACUUGGGCUACAGCGUUUUCACAGUAAGUACAAAAGUUGAAACAUUUCGGAAGUUUUAUGGAAUUUUAAUUGUUUUUUUUUCAAAAUUAAACUAUUAACAAAGUUUGGGGAUUAACAACAUCUAAAAUAUCAUAUUUCAAAAUUUAAAAAUUGUUUUAGAGCUUGGUAUCGCACAACAAGGUACGGAACAUACAGCUACAACUGUUCUAAAAAUUCAAGUUUUGGUCCGCAUACUGGUUUUAUGGCACUUAUUUUACAACAAAAACGGGUUUUAUUGACCCACAUAGGCUUUGAAAACAAAGUUUUUGAACUUUUAGACUUUAGCGAGUAUGCGGGACGGCUAGUAAAUGUUCAGUUAAUAAACAAGUCAACUCAACUUCUACUGGACAUGCAGAUAACGUACAUUGUGUAUGACUUGAGAAACAAAUGCGUAGUAAAUGUUUACUAUGCACUACCAAAACAACGCUACUCUACUUUUACAUUGUACUACAGUAAUGGUACGCUCGUGGAUUUGUUAAAUCAAAAAGAAUACAAAGUUGAAACUAUAAAACUACAGUUUCUUCAAAUACACAGUGCUGAUGUUUUCGGCUACAGAAGGUACGUGGGAUUCGUGAAUCCGCGGCGAGAGUUUGUGGUAAUAGACAACGAAACUGGAAAGAUGAAUAUUAUAUUCCAAACUCAGAGUUCAUUCUAUGACAUUUGGCUCUUCGACGACAUAGGUCAUGUUAGAAUACCACGUAAGCUUCAAUUUUUUACAAUUGAUAAUUAAAAGAAGCUUUAAUAUUUAGACCUUAAGACUUUAAACUUGAAGUCUCAGACUGGAACAUAACUAUGCAGUUUACGGAUGUCUUUUAUCUUGCAAGUAACUUUGGGUAUUUAUAUUAGGUUAUGGUUAGAAAUUAUUGAGGUGUAAACGUUCGGCUUGACUUUUCAGAAUAUACUUCUACUCAAAUUUACGAUAUAAACACAAAGGAACGCAUUUUCGAGGGUCUUGGAAGCUAUUUCCAGCAAGUGGGAAGCAAAAAAUUUUGCAAAAUAAUUUGAACGUGGUCCCCCCUGUGCAUUUCCACUCCAGACCAAAAGCCCCCACCCGUCUCUGGUUACAGGUGUUUGUCAAUUUAAAUAACUUUCAGUUUGUUAG